ACCCUGACCCUGACCCACACGCCACCAACGUGAAAGGCGAUGACUGAAGAAAAGAAAAGGGUACAAAGUACAGUUUUGUAUAAGGAUCGUGGGGAAAGAUAUGAUUCAAGAUGAAAGGUGAUGUUAGUACCUGGACUUGUUCAGAUGUGGAGGAAUGGCUAGCUCAGAAUGACUUUAAAUCCUAUAGCUCACUUCUCUGUAGUGUGCAUAAAAUAGACGGCAAAGCUCUGUUAUUACUCAGUGAGUAUGAUCUUAGAAACCCACCACUACAAUUGAAAGUACUUGGAGACAUUAAGCGGCUUAUUCUUCUCAUUUCCAAUCUUCAGAACAGUCAAGUACACCAGCUUGAAAAUUGUAACAUACUACAAACAAAUGGCAUAGCAAAUUCCGGAGAUGUUAUUCAUUUACGUCGAAGAAAUAUAAGAUCCAAUAAACCAUUUGGCUACAGGACUCAGGUUUCUACAGACAGCGGUAAGCCACAGUUUAGGCGUGAAAUACGCAAGACUAUUAUCAGCUUUUUGUAUGGUUUCGUUGUGGCCAUAUUGACAGCUUUUGUGAUGGUUGUCGUGCAUGAUCGAGUUCCAGAUAUGGCCAAGUACCCGCCUCUACCUGACAUCUUCCUGGAUAGCGUACCUAUGAUACCUUGGGCUUUUCAAGCAUGUGAAAUGUGUGGAUUAAUUCUUGCCGGAAUAUUCACAUUAACAAUUUUCCUACAUAAACACAGAUUCAUAGUGCUCCGUCGUUGCUUCGCUCUUCUUGGCACUGUGUUUCUGCUACGAUGUGUCACUAUGUUUGUAACAUCCCUGUCGGUGCCAGGCAUUCACUUGCAGUGUUCUGGAAAGGUUUAUGGUGACAUAUGGACUAAGUUGAAGAGAACGUUUGAGAUUUCAUUCGGGCUCGGCAUGUCACUCACUGGAGUUCACACCUGCGGUGACUACAUGUUUAGCGGUCAUACCGUCUGCCUUACUAUGUGGAACAUGUUUAUAACUGAAUAUACUCCAAGGAAUUUUUCACUUCUUCAUACAGCAACAUGGGUUCUCAAUUUGUUUGGUAUUUUCUUCAUCCUUGCGGGACAUGAGCAUUACUCAAUUGAUGUUGUCAUCGCGUUUUAUAUCACCUCUCGUCUAUUUUUGUAUUACCAUACUCUUGCAAACAAUCAAGCUCUACAGCAUGGGGACAAAAGAGCCGAAGUGUGGUUCCCAAUGUUUUACUAUUUUGAAUCCAACGUCAACGGUAUCGUACCAAAUGAUUACGAGUGGCCAUUUAAUUGGCCAAAAUCAGUGAAACUGUAUUUCCAAAAAGACCACUACCAGCAACAAGAUUGAAUAGGAGGCAGCUGAGAGUGUAACAGGUGGGCAAAAUGUGGCCCAGCAGUGAUUUUGUUGCAGCCCACGAAAAUAAAUUAUAAUCCAUAUGUGUGUGGCCUGCCAACCACCUGCAGCUAGAAAACCUCUUGUUUUGUACGGCCCGACACUGAUCACACACCGAAAAAGUUAUUAGAACUGAGCAUAGAAAGGUAUAAAAGCAGCCCAUAAAGGUUUUUAGAAGCACACUGGAAACAUCAAACUUUAGGUGCGGACCUCAUUGUUAAGUCAAAAGUUCACUUUGUCCCUCAGACCUAUUUUUAUGCUCACCCCUGCUCUAUUGGUAUCACUUGAAAGGUAUAAAUCUAAACCAUCAUAUUUUAUUUCAUUAUGCAAAUGGCUUCAAAUACACAUGAUGCUCACAGGUCGAAAAAGAGCAGCUUUCAGUCACAUGGGCCCUGACAACAAUAUGUUGGGGGCCAGCAAAAUAAGUUAAAAGCAGCCA